UUCGGCAGAGAGAAAAAGGCGGGGCGGGUUCCCGCGGGAAAGGGGCGCGAGUCAGGCCAAAAUUUCACCCAGGCAGGAUCUGCAGAGCUCCGCUCACCGCGCCUCGCGGGGGCGGGAUUUGCUCACCUCGUCAGUGGGCACGUCUACGCGCAGAGGAGGUUGACGCGGCGCUGCGGAGAAGGAGAAGAAAGGCGGGCUGCGGCAGGAGGAGGAGUCAGGCACGUUGGCGCCGCCGUGGAGGAGAAGACUGGACCGAAGACUUUGUAGUAUAAUUGUGGGUAUUGUGCGAUGGCAAAUUCUGUUAAGGGGAUUCCUGAAGUUGGUAUGAGAUUCAGAAAUCUAGAUGAGGCUUGGAUAUUUUGGGUAGCAUAUGGGGGUCGUGCAGGUUUUGAGGUGAGGAAAAGGUGGACUAAUAAGAUCAAACUAGAUGGUAAAGUGACAUCAUGCAGAUAUGUAUGUGCCAAUGAAGGUUAUCGUAAAAAAGUUGAAAGUGAAUCUGUUCGGAAGCAUUUUAGAGCUGAAACAAGAACUAAUUGUCGUGCUAGGAUGACUCUUCAAUUGGAUCGAGACUCUGGAAAUUUUAAUGUAAUUGAUGUAGUGCUUGAACAUAAUCACUUCCUUCACCUGCCACAAACACGUCACCUCAUGGCUUCCCAAAGGAAAAUUUCAGAAUUUCAAGCUUUUGAAAUUGAAGCUGCUGAUGAUUCUGGAAUUGGACCAAAAGCUGCAUAUGAGCUUGCUUCUCGUCAAGUUGGUGGACCAUUUAAUCUCGGUUACACUUGUCGUGACCAUAAAAAUCUUUUGCAAAGCAAGAGGCAAAGGGAGUUGGCUUUUGGUCAGGCGGGCAGCAUGUUGAAGUACUUUCAUGACAAAAUUGCUGAAAACCCAUCAUUUCAAUAUGCUUUGCAGCUAGAUUGUGAGGAGCACAUAACAAACAUUUUUUGGGAAGAUGCUAAAAUGAUGCUAGACUAUGCACAUUUUGGUGAUGUUGUCACUUUCGACACCACUUUUGGCACAAACAAGGAAUAUUGGCCAUUUGGGGUUUUUCUUGGCCUCAAUCAGUUUAGGGAAACUAUUGUUUUUUGUGUUGCACUGUUGUUUGACGAGACAUUUUUCUCAUUUAAAUGGCUCUUUGACACUUUUUUGGCUGCACAUAAUGGAAGGCAACUUAGAACUAUUUAUACCGAUCAAGAUGCUGCAAUGGGAAAAGCUGUAAAGGUUGUGUUCGCAGAAGCAUAUCAUGGACUUUGUACCUUUCACAUAAUGCAAAAUGCUGUCAGACAUUUAUCUCCAAUUAAGGGUGAAGAGGAUGAUGAGAACGAAGAGGGUGAAGACAAAGAAUCACAUAUUCUCACUGAUUUUGCAGCUUGUAUGUAUGAAUAUGAGGACAGGGCAACAUUUGAAGAAGCAUUUGCCAACAUGAGAUGCAAAGUGCAUAAGCAAACUUGGUUGGAUAGUAUUUACAAAGUAAAAGAAUAAUGGGUUGAAUAUUUUAUGAGAGAUGUUUUCAGUUUGGGAGUGAGAAGUACACAACUAAGUGAGAGUUUUAACAAUUCAUUGAAGAACCAUCUGAAAUCUGAUUUCCAUAUUGUUAGAUUUUUGAAGCAUUUUGAAAGGACAGUGGAAAUAAAAAGAAGCAAGGAGUUGGAAUCUGAAUUUGAAGCGAGGAAAAAAAUACCGGCAAUCAAGAUGAGCACGCCUAUGUUGGUACAAGCAAACAAAGUGUACACUCCAAUUAUUUUUGAAGCUUUCCAAGGUGAGUAUGAAAGAUCCAUGGCUGCAUGCACUAGAGUAUUGGAUGAAAAUAAAUAUGCUGUCGCUAUUGGUAGUUUGCAUGGUGAUUACACAUUUGAGGAUGAGUGCAUUGUGACAGCUGAUCUUUUGAACCAAAAAGCAACAUGUGCAUGUGGAAUGUUUGAAAGGGCAGGAAUAUUGUGCGGACAUGGACUGAAAGUUCUUGAUUUGAUGAACAUAAAGACAUUGCCGCAACAUUUAUGUCUUGAAGAGAUGGACUAGAGAAGCACGUAAAGGAAGUAUAUUGGACAAGCAAGGAAGAGAUGUGAUAGAAAAUCCAAAACUAGAAGCCAUGCUUCGGUACAAAGAACUAUCUUAUAAAUUUCACAAUUUG